AUGUCGCCGGUGAUAGGGCCGGCCGUACUGCUUCCAGACGACUUGCUGUCCGCACAAGACGAUUUGCGCUCUUUGUUGGGCCUCGAUGUUGACCUCGCUCAGCCUACCAGCGAACUGCUAUUUACUGCAUAUAGGGCUCUUCUAGGGGUUCAGGAGGAGGCUCGGGCUGAAGUCGUGCGGAAAGAAGUGGAGCUGGAGCAGGCUAUCCAAGACCAUGAAUCCCGCCUGAACGAGCUGGAGUCUAGGUUGGACGAGAGUAGACAGGAAACCGCGGCUGAGAGGCAAAAGAAUUCCAAUCUCGUCUCUGCGAAUGCUGAACUUAACGCGCGCCUCGAAUCGAUGUCAGCCACGUCCACCGAUAACAGCGCAUUGUCCCGCCGAGUCGAGGAAGUGGAACGGGAAAAACGAGACUUGUUGCUUGUCGUAGAUCGCUUGAGAGAAGACUCAGUGGCCACGGAGACUGAGCUGGAAUCUGUGCGUUCUCGCCUCAAGGAGACUCGCUCUGAACUUGCCACGGUUCAAACUGAGGCCUCCGAGGCCAAGUCCAACGAGACAACUGCCAAGUUCAAGCUGGAGACGACUACCCAGGAGCUCGAAAUCUUGCGUACCGACCAUGCUCGCCUCACUACUUCCCUUUCCCAAAAAUCUGAACAGCUCGCCGCUCUUCGUCGGGAAACUGCUUCUCAAAUAACCACCCUCCAAUCCGAAGUGUCCGCUGCCCAGAGCACCACCAACUCCCUGAAUGCCACCCUUGCUUCUGUUCGUUCGGCCCAUGAAUCUCUACAAAAUCAGCACACUACCGUUCUCGAAAAAUUAGCGCAAGUACAAGGUGAUGCAGGAGCCGAGCGGGCACAGGCCAAAGCUCAGGCUGAUGCCCGAGAACGACUCAUUGCUCUCUUGGAGGAGCGAAAUGAAGAGGCUGUUAAGCGCGUGCGCGAAGUCGAGGGCGAAUAUGAAGCUGUUCUUGAACGAGCUGAGAGGCGGGAGCACAAGCUUGAAGCCGAACGCGAUAAGGCUCAAGCCCGUGCUGAGGAAUUAGAUGGCGUUGUACGAGGCUUUAUGGCUGGAGAAUUUGCUCCUGGGGCCGAUGUCUCCAUGUCGGUUGGCAACACAUCUAUUGGCCCUGGUAUUCCUGGCACCCACGAGCUGGGCGGCAAGUCCUACACUGAGGUGUACGCCGAUUAUGUGCGUAUGUCGGACGAACUUAGCAAACAAAAACUUGAGACCCGACGACUUGAGGAGUGUCUCGCAGGAAUUUUAAGAGACAUCGAAGAGAGGGCACCUUUGCUCACGGAGCAACGCAUCGAAUACGAACGACUGCAACAAACCGCUGCUGAUCUGACCCAGCAACUCGCGGAUGCUCUCAAGGCGCAAGAAGGUAUUCGUGCUAUCGAGUCGGACCGAGACAACUGCAGACGAGAGAUUCAAGUCUUGCAGACUCAGCUCGCUGAUCUUUCACGCCAAGUUGUUGUCCUUACACGGGAAGUUGCGAUUAGGGAUGAUCCCUCCUUGGCUAACGAAGAUUUCUCGGUUCCCAAUGAAAUGGACGAAGAUACCACUGCCACUGACGAAUUGAUCACAUCCGAGCUCGUCCUUUUCCGUUCGCUCCCUGAACUUCAGGCCCAAAACUCUCGUCUCCUUCGCAUGACGCGCGAGCUCGGCGACAGACUCGAGAAGGAGAUUUCCAACUCUAACGAGGGAGAAAACUUGGAUGCUGCUUUGCGCGAGGCAGGAGAAGUCGUCGAACGCCUCGAAAAAGAAGUCGAAUCUUUGAACCUUCGAACUGAAAGCCUCAAACGCGAGCGAGACGCAUGGAAGCGAGUUGCUCGAGGCAAUGCUCCUGCUGAAUCCAUUGUGGCCACAUCCACCGGAGAGGAACGUAUUCCGGCUGAAUUGGUGCCUGCCCGAGUCGACGAAGAGUUGUUGAAACAAUUAGAGGAACGAACCAAGGAGGCCGCACAGCUUAGGGAGGAGCUGAAUGCUGCACAGCGAGAGGGAGCUAGGUUGGGUGCGCAAGUUGCCAAGACAUCAGCACAGGUCACUUUCCUUGAGGAACAACGUCGUCUUUCGGCUCAAACCGCAGAGAUGCAGUCCCGCGAGCUUGCGGAGAUGCAAAGGCGUGUGAGUGAGAUGCAAGGAUUGAACACUCAGUUGGAGAUUGCGUCGAGGCAAGCGGGUGACAUUGCAGAGGAGGCUCGUGCAACAGCGGAGAAAUUGAGAAAUGACGCUGCAUUGCUGAGAGCCGAGAACGAUCUCUGGAAGAAAGUGGAAGCUCGUUUGAUGGAAGAAAACAAGAAUCUGUCUCGCGAGCGCAGUCACUUGAGCGAGCUUAUGCGCAAUCUGCAAACUAUCCAACACGAACACGAGCGGUCUGGCGCGUCAGAGAAACGAAGGCUCGAAACCGAUGUGAAGAGGCUCGAAGCAGAUUUGGAGGCUGUGCGAGCCAGGUUAGACAAAGAAACUGACAGGAAUCGUGCUACCGUACUCCAGAAAGACUCUGAGCUACGCGAAUUGCAAAGUAAACUGGAUCGUGUGAACGAAGACCUGAGCAAGACCCGCGAGACGGCUUCAGUCGCUGAGAACAGCCGUGUCCAUUUGCAACAACGGGUAGAUACGCUCGUCAAGGAGGCUCAAUCAUUGCGCGAGAAAUUGGCUGUCUACGAAGGCCGUGCUCCUGGAGCUCCGAUGCCAGAAGGCCUCAACCGCGAGCAGCAGCUCGAGAUCGAGUUGGGCGACGUUAGGGCUGCGCUCAAAAUUGCCGAGCUUGACCUCGCGUCAGCCCGUGAGCAUGUUGAACAAUUCAAGGCUAUCUCCGAAGCGUCCGAGCAGGCUCUUCGUGAACAUAUGGAGACUUGGGACACAUUCAAGGAGGAACAGGAGGCACUUAUUGCGCGCAAAGACGCCGACAUUGCUGCUCUAGAAGAACGACUCCGUGGCCUACUCGAUGACUUUACCAAGACCUCUUCUGAACGCAACCAGUUCCAGCGUGACUUGGAGGCUCAGCGUGUAUCAUUUGAAGCCGAGAAGCGUGAGCUCGAAGGCGCCAUUGCCGAUCUCAGUAAAGUCGAUGGUAGUGCCCAGGCCGCUCACCAAUCGGCACAAGAAGACCUUCGUGCACAGGCUGCCCUGGCUCAGCAAGCCAAUGAGAAAUAUGAGCGGGAAUUGCUUGCUCAUGCCGAAGCUCUCAAGCAGAUCAAUCAACUCAAGAGUACCAUCACCGAUCUCCAGAACGAAGUCAGGAAGGCAACUACUACUUCCGAAACUGCCUCUUCGAAUCUUAAAGCGUCUGAGGCAAGCUGGACUCGUCAGAAAGAGACCAUGGAGAAGGAGUUGUCGGAGCUCACUAAUCGUAUGACUGCCCUCCAGCAACAGAAUGCGUUACUUCAUACUCAGCUUGAAGAUGUCAAUACUCAGGCAGCAAAGAUUCGCCAGACCGCGAAUGCGGCUGCCGAGUCGUUGGCGAUUGAUUCGAACGAGAGCGACGUUGAUUCGAAGAUGCAACAACUUCGAGAAGUCAUUGCUUUCGUACGCAAAGAGAAAGAGAUUGUCGAUCUUCAACUUCACCUCGCUCAAGUCGAUAAUACGCGUGUAAAAUCGGAGAACGAGCGCUUGGCAGUAGCGCUGGAUGAGGCCAGGACCACCCUAUUGAAGGAACGAGCCCAGGCAGCCGAGGCGUCGGUUUCCUCCACACAGCAUGCGGAGCUCGUUGAUAAGAUUAAUCAACUUAAUAUACUACGCGAGAGCAACGCUACCCUGCGCUCAGAUUCCGAAGCAAAUCGCAAGAAAGCUGAACGACUACAAAGUCAAUUGCUUCGUCUCAAGACCGAAUUCGAACCUAUCAAACUCGAACUGGUUACGGCUAAGGCAGAACUUGAAGAACGCCAACGACAGAACGAGCAAUUCCAGAAAGAUAUCGAGCAACUCAAAGAACGAUUUGCUUCACAUGAUCGCAUCGAUCCUGAACAACUUAGCGAAGCAACCGCUGCGAAGGAGGCCGCGGAAGCCAAGGUGGUCGAGCAAACUACCGAGGUUGAGAAGCUACGCAAUGCUGCUCGAGGUUGGAAAGAGCGCUAUGAGAACUUCUCUGUCAAGACCCGCGAGGAACUCACGAAGCGUAACAACCAGAUUGCCCAGCUUGAAACAGAAAAGAAUGAGGUGGUUGAGUCCGCUCGAACAACCACGGCUGAGCUUGAACAACUGAAGGCUGAGCUUGCUAAAGUUCAAGCCAGUGGUGGUAGUAGUAACGAUAUCCAAUUGAAGGCACUGGAGAAAACAAAGGCCGCUUUGCAGGCAUCGGUGGAGGAACUGACCGCCAAAGUAACAGCAUUGGAGGCUAGCGCAGCUGCUGCUCCAGUUUCUGUUGAGGGCGCUCCAGAGCAACAGUCCCAAAUUGCCUCACUUCAAGCCGAGCUCGAGAUUUUGCGUAAUGAGAAGCAGGCGCUUGAGGCUGCCCAAACCGCAGUGCCCAGUGCGGACCAAGAAUCUCUGAAGAAAGAGAAGGAGAAAGCAGAAGAAGAAUUGAAGGAGUUACGCACCAAACUGCAGGCGCUCGAAACUCGUAAUGCGAAGGUUUUCAACGAUGCCAAAACCUUCAGGCGAGAAAAGAUCGAGGCCGAACGAAAAGUCCAGCAACUUACAACAGAACUCGCGGAAGCCAAGGCCAACACCGGCGCUGAAGCAGCAAGUUCUACUGAAGAAUCAGAUGCCCAGCGCGAAGCUGAAAAAGCUGCUGCGAUAGAAAAGGCGGUGACUGAAGCGACUGACAAACUCCGCGCUGAGCUUGCGACCGGCGAGAAAGAUGCAAAACCGUCGGAGGACAUCGUUGCACUCAAGGCGGCACACGAGGAGGAGGUCAAGAAACUCAACGAGGAACACGCGGUGAAGUUGGCUGAGUCGAAGGCCGCUAGCACGAGUGACAACAAUAACACGGUCAGCGAAGAAGCUCUCAAGACCGCACGAGAAGAAGGCAUUUCCGCCGGCAAAAAAGAACUCGCCUCCAAGCUAACACUCCUAGAACGCAAGCUUCAAAACAAGGACGCAUCGAUUGCUACACUGAGCAGUCGCAAUGCUGAACUGGAGCAGUUGCUCAAGGCAUCUAGCUCCAACUCUCCCGUGACGACUGCAGUUCCCGCUACGGAAACUAAAGCCGCUCCCAAGCGCACCGGAUCUAUUUCCACUCCAGCUGCCCCCACAACAGCGGCCGCCAACUCUGCCGGGUUGCCAGGGAAGCCUGCUCCUAACGAAACCGCCCCUACGACUGUACCUGCGUCUGCACCUGCACCUGCGGGUGCCGGUAGAGGUACCGCCUCUACUCGUGCUCGUGGAACCGGUGCGACUCGAGGUGCAGCAGCUCGUGGCCGCGGACGAGGUGGGAUGACUGGUGGGUCUGUAUUAGAUGGCGUGAAUGCGGUUCUUGGCGCUGCUGCUGCAACAAAUACUGGUGGGACUUCGAUCGCAGGAGCUGCCAAACGCCCUCGCGAGUCUGAAGCUGCUGCUACUGCUGAAGGUGGUAGUGAGUUGGCCAAGCGUUUACGAAGUGCGGAUCCUUCAAAUGCUUCGGCAAAAUCUGGCGAUGCCGCUACCAGCACAACUGCUCCUACGCGUGUGCUCCCUCCACGAAACCGCCAGCCUCCCGCAGCGACUCAAUAA